UAGGAAAAAUGAAUGUGAUGAUGAAAUCUUGAGAGAAUAGUUUAGUGAAAAUUGAUCCGUAGAACUUUGAAGGGAGAAUAGGGGUAGUGUUAAAAACUAAAAAAAGGCAGUAUUUUGAGUCCAAAGAUGGUAGCCGUACAUGGCAUGGGGAGGGCACCAGAUGGAACGUUUGGGAGCCCACAUUUCCGUUUAUCCUAAUUCCAAUUCCACUUUUUUUUUUUUUUUUGUUUUUGUUUAAAAUUUUAAUUUUUUAAUUUUUGAUUCAAUGUUUCUUUUUAUAAUAUUUCUUCCGAAUUCUUAAGCUUUUUUUCAAUUUUCUUUUUUCCCUUCUCGCCGGAGAUCAAUUGCUUUUCUUUGAUUCAUGUUUUUUCUCCGAUGGACAGAGAAGGAAAAGGGAAAGGAAAAUUGAAAUAAAAAAAGUCUUUUUUUUCUUUUUAGAUUCUCAAAUUUAGAUUCAUUUGAGAUCUUUCAGGGAAAGAUAUUGUUGUUUCGGUACAUUUUUGAAGAUGGGAGCAGAGAGCACCUCGAAAACGACCCCCGAAAGUGGAGAUUGGAACAAGAAGUACGAAACCCAGGUGGUGUUGAACGUUUAUGAUCUCACCCCUGCCAACAAUUAUUCCUAUUGGUUUGGUUUUGGGAUUUUCCAUUCGGGUAUUGAAGUCCAUGGAAAAGAGUAUGGGUUCGGAGCUCACGACUUCCCUGCUAGUGGAGUUUUUGAAGUAGAACCAAAGAGCUGUCCGGGUUUCAUAUACCGAUGUUCUGUCACGUUGGGACAUGUUGAUAUGCCUCCCUCUGAAUUCAGAACGUUUAUUGAAACUAUUGCUUCUGAAUAUCAUGGAGAUACAUAUCAUCUUAUUUCCAAGAACUGUAAUCAUUUCACAGAUGAUGUCGCAUGUAGAUUGACUGGGAAAAGGAUACCUGGAUGGGUUAAUCGGCUUGCUCGGAUGGGUGCUUUGUGCAGUUGUUUGCUUCCUGAAAGUCUUCAAGUAACUGCGGUCAAACAAUUGCCCGAGUUCCACGAAUACUCAGAGGAAGAAUGCUCCCCCGAGUCCCUGUCACUCAGCACUCGGCAAGUCUCAGCAGAAGUUGAUGAUGAUGAGGAGAGGCGGUUGCUGACACUAUCGCCUGGAGCGACCGAUGUUGCUUUUGUCAAAGAAUCUCACAACUGAAGGAACAGGCAGGCAGUCUCUUCUAUUGCUUCGAAAUCUCAUCCCAAGCGCUCUAUAAGCUUGUCUCGAUUGCAAAAGUAAAAUCUGUUUCGCUUCUUUGUAUCAAAUGGUUGGAGAUAGAUUGUUUGUUUUUCAUUAAGUAGCUGUUGAUACUUUCGAGCUUUAAUUGACCCAGGAAAGUCUAGAGAUCAAUUUGUAUGUUGUUUCAUUUCCAUAUCCAUAGAAAUGAUGAGACUUUUGUCUCAGUUUGCAAAACAAUUCUUCGAUAUUGAGUUUCUAUAUCAUAUUAUGUCACAACAUUGUUACUUGGUA